UGCCAAAUCAACUGCACUAUUCUCUCUGCAAACCAAUGAGAUGAUGACAUCUUUCUAGUUGGUUUCCAUAGCACCCAUUCCUGAAGAGCCCCAGGAUGGUCUUUUGGAAGGACUGUUCUACCUCCUCUAGAAAGUUGGCAAAGCAGCGGACUCAAAAAACCUUUCCCUCUGCCCUACGUGCCCUGUCCGUGGUCCUGAAAUCGGGAGGCAGCGCCAGACUGAGAGGGAGCUGUCCCCAGUGCUGAAAAGCUCUCGUGCUCUGUCCAAAAUUAGACCUGUUUGUCUCACUAAAUCACGUUUUCGCUUUUCAUUGAUUCUCGUUCCAAGGAGCGUCAAGUUCUCUCUCCAUCUUUACUCUCCACUACCGCAUAUCUGAAUUGCUCCCCGUGAAGGGAGCAGAAGCUCAUUUGUGAAGAUGAAGCCUUAGGGUUGGCACUGCCCACCUAAGAGCUAAAACCAUCCAUUAAUUCUCUCUCAAGCUACUCUGCUACGGAAGAGGACUAACACUGGUAUCAUCUUCUCUUUGCACUUAUAGAAGAGCUUUAUGAUUUCCUCUAUUUUAAAAUCCUGCAGUUUUUGAAAAGAGCUUCAAAAUCAGAAUUAGAAAUCAUUUCCAAGAGGACUAACUUCCAUCAAGAAGGAUCUCUUCGUACCCGCCCAAAUAUCAUGGCACUGCAUGCUUCCUCUGCUACCGGAUCCUCCCCUUCAAAUAAGACUUUCUAAUUGUGUCUAGCAACUCUCCUAUUAGGAAAGCCGUGGGUUGCAUGUAGCUGUACUCCGUUAUAUCCCCUUUCUCUCCCUCCCUUUCACUCACAUUCUUCUUCCCAGAGGUGCACCAAUAGCCAUUUCGCGGGGAAGGAAAGAGAGAGAGAGGGAAAAAAACACCUUAGCGAUUAAGCCAAUAUGCGCAAGCAUCGCCUUUCAUAGCUCAAACCUAGUACAUUCCGGGAGCCACUGCUGCAGGGAUGGAGUCGAUAAAACAAAGGAUUUUGACCCCUGGCAAAGAGGGGCUGAAGAAUUUUGCUGGAAAAUCUCUCGGCCAAAUCUACAGGGUGCUCGAGAAAAAGCAGAAGACUGGGGAGACUAUUGAACUGACCGAGGAUGGGAAGCCCCUGGAGGUGCAGGAGAAGAAGGCGCCACUCUGCGACUGCACCUGUUUUGGCCUGCCACGCCGCUAUAUCAUAGCUAUCAUGAGUGGCCUAGGCUUCUGCAUUUCCUUCGGGAUCCGCUGCAACCUGGGGGUCGCCAUCGUGGACAUGGUGAACAACAGCACCAUACACCGAGGGGGGAAGAUCAUCAAGGAGAAAGCCAAAUUUAAUUGGGAUCCGGAAACCGUGGGGAUGAUCCAUGGGUCCUUCUUCUGGGGCUACAUCAUCACUCAGAUCCCCGGAGGCUACAUCGCGUCCCGCCUGGCCGCCAACAGGGUUUUUGGAGCUGCCAUACUUCUCACCUCCACCCUCAAUAUGCUAAUCCCGUCUGCAGCUAGAGUGCACUAUGGCUGUGUUAUAUUUGUUAGGAUCUUACAGGGGCUUGUGGAGGGAGUCACCUAUCCUGCCUGCCAUGGUAUAUGGAGUAAAUGGGCCCCUCCUCUAGAAAGGAGCAGACUAGCAACCACUUCAUUUUGUGGUUCCUAUGCAGGAGCUGUGAUUGCAAUGCCUUUAGCCGGGAUUCUCGUGCAAUAUACUGGGUGGUCUUCUGUGUUUUAUGUCUAUGGGAGCUUUGGAAUGGUCUGGUAUAUGUUUUGGCUUUUGGUGUCUUAUGAGAGCCCUGCUAAGCACCCAACCAUUACAGAUGAAGAACGAAGGUACAUAGAAGAAAGCAUUGGAGAGAGUGCCAAUCUUUUAGGGGCAAUGGAAAAAUUCAAGACUCCAUGGAGAAAAUUUUUUACAUCUAUGCCAGUCUAUGCAAUUAUUGUUGCAAACUUCUGCAGAAGCUGGACCUUUUACCUGUUGCUUAUUAGUCAACCAGCUUACUUCGAGGAGGUCUUUGGAUUUGAAAUCAGCAAGGUGGGAAUGUUAUCUGCUGUACCUCACUUAGUGAUGACUAUCAUUGUGCCAAUUGGAGGUCAAAUUGCUGAUUUUCUAAGAAGCCGGCAGAUUCUUUCAACUACUACAGUGAGGAAGAUUAUGAACUGUGGAGGUUUUGGCAUGGAAGCCACACUGCUCUUAGUAGUAGGCUAUUCUCACACCCGGGGAGUAGCUAUAUCCUUCUUAGUGCUUGCAGUAGGCUUCAGUGGCUUUGCUAUAUCAGGAUUCAACGUCAACCACUUAGAUAUUGCACCAAGAUAUGCCAGCAUAUUAAUGGGGAUUUCAAAUGGUGUUGGCACAUUGUCUGGAAUGGUUUGCCCUAUCAUUGUUGGCGCAAUGACGAAGAACAAGUCUCGGGAAGAAUGGCAGUAUGUCUUUCUGAUUGCAGCCUUAGUGCACUAUGGUGGGGUUAUAUUUUAUGGAAUCUUUGCUUCGGGUGAGAAACAACCGUGGGCAGAUCCUGAAGAGACCAGUGAAGAAAAGUGUGGCUUUAUUCAUGAAGAUGAACUUGAUGAAGAAACAGGAGACAUUACUCAAAAUUACGUAAAUUAUGGCACCACAAAGUCCUAUGGAUCAACGACACAGGCCAACGGUGGUUGGCCUAACGGGUGGGAGAAGAAAGAAGAAUUUGUACAAGAAGAGGUACAAGACUCAUACAUCUAUAAGGAAAGAGAAGAUUAUUCUUAACAGAGCUAAUCAUUGAAUCUAUUUUGUAGUGUUUGUGAUUAAAUCCAUCGUGAUUGUUUGCACAAGAAAUGUGGUGUAAACAUGUUGAUACUUAUCAAAACGACAGGUCUUGCUGUACAAAAAAAAAAAAAAUACAAAAACAACUUAAAAAAAAAAAAAAAAAUCAAUCCCAUCAAGUGACUAUUUGUUCAAGUACAAUCUGUCCCCAUUGAGACAUGGCAUCACUUCCAUUCAGGUCCAGCCAUUUCUGCACUACACAUUUUAAGAUUUCCUGAUCAAAACUAUAGAGGCAACUAGUUUCUUCUAUAGACACAAGAGCUCAAACUCAUAAUCAAUGAAGAAAGCACAACUAUCUGGGUUGGCACAUGGCACAUCAAAUACUCUGGUGAAAAAGCCAAAGCUACUUGAUCAUGAAAAUGCACUUAUAUAUUUGCUACACUAUAUGGAAAAUAGAUAUAUCAACAGGACUUUGUGUUAAAGAAUUCAUAUUUAUUCAGUCAGAGGGAGGCAGUGCCUGCUGGCUGUAAGGUGAAGACUUUUGAUUUCUGGCAACCCCCAGAAGUAUGCUGAAUAGGCAAUAGAUAAUUCUGUAGAGUUGUGAUUAUAUGUUGAGGGCUUCAUGAUCUAAUGGGAAGAGGACUUGUCUUCCAGUCAGCAAAACCAUGGUUCAAAUCUUGCCUCUGACCUGUGCUGGCUAUGAGACCCUGGGCAAAUCCCUUAGCCUCUUAAUGGCCCCAGACAACUCUCUAAGACUAAAAUUUACAGCAGAGAUACUGAUCUACAUUGAUGGAGGGAGUUUCUGUGCUGGGAGUUCUCUCACACCAAUAAAAUCAGAGGUCUGAUUAAAAAAAAAAAUGUUGCAAGCUAUUUGGUAAAACAGACAGGAAUAUCCUGGAGUUUAUAAUGAAUGCUAGAGUUUUCAGUAUGAAAAGAAAAUCUUUCCUUUUCAUGUUUGAAAUCUUGCAGAGUGAGGGGUAUGCUUCAAGUUCUUCCAUUCAUUUACCUGACAGUAUAAAAUACUUUACAUUUUAAAAAUCUGAAUUUUCAUGCAGCAUGUCUGAUGACUUUUUCAAAGAAAAAAAUAGACUUCAGUGUAUUUUUAUUACAACUUUGUACUGGUUGUAAAAACUCGUUAGAAAAGACAUAUAUCCCUUUAAGAGUCUAAUAAGAAAUUUAUUAUGGAGCUAUAUCCCUUAAAAGAUCAUUUUAAUGAUAAAGAAAAUAGAAAACAAUUUAGACAUUCCUCCCUUCAUGAUUUCCAUACUGUAUUAGACUCGUGCCACAAAUCUCGAUAGAAUAUAAAAAUAUAAACUUAAUAGACAAUUUUUGUUACUUUACAAGUCCCAUUUUAAAAUGUAUUUGUCUUAAAAAUAGAGGGCAAUAAAUAAUAUGAUUAUAUCUAUAUACAUAUAUGUCUAUAUCUACACAUACGCACACAAAAGUAAAAGCAACAAUCCUCACAUAUACCAAAAGCGGCAUACAAUUUCUGUUGGGUUUGGGAGAUUGCAAUUUCUACUUUCAUAAAGUUGUAGAAUUUUAGCACCAGGAAGAGACAGCCCGUUGGCACUUCCUACAGUAAUUCAACAAGAAUUGCAACAUUUGUGUACCAAGCAAUAAGUGCAAUGCAUUACAAUGGGCAUCAUCCUUCCGUCUGUAUAUUAUUAUCUUCAUUUUGCUUAUUGUAGAUAUUUUGGAUGGCUGGAAUGAUCAGAAAAACAAAGUGAACACCAAAUCAUUUCCUAACUUUCCAAAUGGUUAAGGACAUUGUAUUCUCAACUCAAAUCCAAUGAUUAUCAGUGUGUGUGUGUGUGUGUAUGUAUGUGUGUGUGUGUGUAUGUAUGUAUGUAUGUAAUAGUCCAUUCUGAAUUUUUUAUCUGUUCAUUGUAUUGUGCUAGUGACUGGAGGCCUUGCUACUGCAAAUAUAAAACUUGAAGAUUGUUUUAAAAAUGCAAACCCUUCUUGACCCUAAGGAAAAAAUCAGAUAAUCUUUUGCUUUGUGCCUCAAAGUGAUGUAAAAUGUGGUCAUAGCUUUUGCUGUGUUGAAUGACAAGAUGUGGACUGUCAUCUUUGUUGCUGCAAAAAGUGUUAAUAAAAUGCUCUAUUUAUCCUUUUAUAUAAAAAA